UUCGAGCUCUCUGCAGGUGUGGCCCGCUGCGGCCGCUGUCUGCGAUACACUGCGCUGCAUCUUCAUAGUGACCGAAAAGUUCAGCAAGUACUCCAAUAUGCAACAAAAGGGGCUUAUCGGAGGAUUCCAUCUCAUCUCUCAAACGUAGAACUUUACUGAAAUCGAUCAUCACCGUGGCCGGAUCAAAACUCUUCACCCGUAACGACUGGCACAGAAACGAAGUAUAUUUCAUUACCGCAGCAGGCACAGGCUUGAUUGAAAUAGAGUGGCGAUACAUAUCCAUAGCUUCAUGAUCGAGUCCUUCGGAUUCGGCUUUCAGUGCCCAGGCACACCACGCUUCAGCGAGCUGCGGAUUAUGCUUCAGAGCCGUUUCUAUCGUGAGAUGAGCUUCGACCAUCGCUCCAUUGGUGUAGUAGAGUAACGCGAGUCGUAGCCACGCUUCAUCGUUAG